AUGAUAACAUUUGAUGAUUCAAAUCUGACUUGUUAUCGUCGCCUCUCUACUCAGUAUUGCCUCCUCCCACGUCUUCGGGCCUUUCUGUCUCAUAUUCUCCCUGUAAUAUUCCUGUAUGGCGCCGAACAGAAGCGCAAAUGGGGGACGCAACCGUACUCGUCCCGUGGCAUACGGUCUCACGAACAAAGCUGUUUGAGGAAACGAGAGAAGAAGAAGGAUGACGAUGACUUUGCAGCGCUCGCAGCGCAGGCGGUGGAGGAGCAAAUCAGAAAGAAAGAGGCACGUCGAAAGAGAAAGCGCCUUCUCAAGGGACAAACUAAUACUAGUUCACAUGUCGUGUCAGACCCACUCCAGGAUCACACAGAGAAUGUGCCCGAUGACUUUAUCGCAGGCCCGUCGUUUGAAACGGGAUCAGAUAUGGUUGAUGCAAUGAGUGUUGGUGGAGACUCACGACAGCGUGCAGAUUCAGAUUCCAGCAUGGCAUCUCACGGUCCCACACCACCUACUCUGUCCUCGCUUGCAGCGGUACCUUCAGUUCACUCUGAUCUUGAUACAUUCAAGACGGAGUAUCAUCCACAUUCUGGCCGCGCAACCUCUAUAGAGACUUUCUCUGCAUUUGGACGCAAGCAAGACCAACAACCGCCCAUGGUCGACGAAGAACCCUGGCAGCCAUUCAGCUGUCGUGCAGACUUCGAGUUUGCAGAACUUGCACACAAUGCCGCCCUGAACACGGACCACAUGGAUGAGCUGUUGCGGCUCAUCUGGAGAAUCGCUGACGGUCAAGCAAAACUCACGUUCAAGUCCCACCGUGAUGUUUCUUCUGCCUGGGACAGGGCGGCUGGUCAGAUGACACCUUUCAAAAAACAUACUAUCACUGUCCGGCAUAAACGGGAGGACCUCCCAUUUGAUGUAUAUACACGCCCAUUGUGGGACUGGGCCUUGGACUUAUUACAGGACCCAUUACUGGCGCCGCACUUCGUUUGGGAUGCACAGCGGUUAUAUAAACACGACGGGACACAUUUCGAGCGUUUCUUUCAUGAACCUUGGACUGCGGAUCGUUGGUGGAACGUCCAAUCGUCUUUACCUGAAAAUGGAGUCCCAUUUGCAUUCAUAUUGUACGCAGAUAAGACACACCUUUCCUCCGCGGGCACGGUCAAAGCUUACCCGGUCUUCGCUCGAUGUGGGAACUUACCCAUUCACAUCCGAAAUACUGACGGGCUUGGUGGUGGGCGGAUGGUUGGUUGGCUGCCGAUAGUUCCCGAAGAUUCUGAAGAAGACGGCAAACUGACGUACGUGAACCUCAAACGAAUUGUAUGGCACGAGGGGUUUCUCAAGCUACUCGAGACCAUAAUACUCUACGCCCAGACAGGGUAUGCAUAUCUCUGUUAUGAUGGUAUCGUUAGGUGGUUGUAUGCCUUCAUUUUGCUCUUAUCUGCUGACUAUGAAGAACAAUGUGUCAUGGCGCUGAUACGGGGGACGAAUUGUCACUGCCCCUGUCCUAUAUGCCUUGUCCCAUCGGAUAAGCUCUAUGACAAUGCCUCUACUUACCCAAUCCGAUCGCCCGAAGAUGCACAGGCUUGCGUAGAACUGUGGAAUAGGGACAAAAAGGCUGGAGAAGAGGCAUUAAAAAACGGGGCCUGCGGCCAGUUAUGGUUAAAUGUCUUCUGGCGGAUCCCAAAUUCCAACCCUCACGAAACGAUUUCGCAGGACCACCUCCACGUGUAUCAUAUAGGGGAAUGGGGGAAACAUCUAUUUGGCGAGCUCAAACGACAUGCAGCAGCUCUGGGACGCAACGCGGAGAAGAAGAUUGACGACCAGUUUGCUGCCUUCACACGCUGGCGCAAUUUGAAUCAUUUUGAUCGAGUUACUAACAUUACCUACAGUGACGGUAACAAACUUCGGGACAUUUCCAAGCAAAUCUUAUAUACUGCCCAGAAUGUACUGACGCGCACAGAUGACGAAGCUGGCUAUGCGCUUCUACGGUGCAUAGCCAGCUACCUCCAUAUCGACAUGUACGUGUCACUCGACGUGCACACAACAAGCACAAUCGAAGCAGGAAAAGCUGAGGUUCUGAAGUUUCAGACGCAUUUAGAGGAGUACAUGGCAAUUAUCGAUGAGACCGAUCCAGAUGUGACGAAGAAUUGGAACUUUCCGAAGAUGCACGCCUCAAAGCACAUCUUCGAUGACAUCGUCGCGAAAGGUGCCGCCCGCAACUUCAGUACUCGACCGAACAAGAAGCAGCACGGACUGAUCAAGCGUUGGUAUCUACGGCAGACCAAUCGUAAGGAUAUUGCUAGUCAGAUACUUGAACUCGAUCAUAAGAGCUUCGUUGCGGAAUUCAUUCGCAGCCGUAUUGUGUUUCUUGAUGAGGAACGACAUAAACUCACACUCUCACGGGAAGAACUCGAAGCAGAGGACGACGACGACGAGCCAUUUGAAGCUCACCUGCAUAUUGGUUCACCCCUUAGGAAUCUUACCAGCCUAGCGCAAGUGGAGGAGGACAACAGGUCAAAUCGCGCCUUUGACCAGUUCAGGAAGAAGCUUGCGACAUUUCUGAAUCACUUCCUGCCCUCCCACCACAUACCAUUACCGGACGGAAUAAGGUGGUUGAAACUUUCACCGCAAGACCAGGUUCAUGAACAUCGCUACCUCAAAGUCCAAUAUGAAUCUACUACUACCUGGAAGUUGGCCACUGACUAUCUGCGAUGCAGUCCAAGUUUUCAUGGCCACGAGCGUCGCGACUGUGCUCUCAUCCGCACCCAGGACAAGGACGGCAACGAUAGAAAUAUCUUUGUAAAGUUAUUGUUCGUGUUCAAGCAUACUGUCGGCGAGCGCACCUUAGAUCUCGCUUUGGUUCUUCCCAUGGAUGCUUCACCACGUCGGCGCCUCCUAGAUCGAGACCUGCGACUAACUCGUCUACGUGCACGGCCCGCAGCUUCGUCUGAAUUUAUCACUCUUCACUCAAUUAUUCGCGGGGCUUUACUUGUCCCAGAUUUCGACAACCAUGGGGAUUAUUUUCUUGUCGACUACGUGGAUACUGACAUGUUUCUUCGUGUCCAAAGGAACCUUAUUUAG